GCUUCUCAUGGCUUCGUCGCUCAUUGCUUUAGCGGAAAACUAGCUCGCUACCUACACAGGUUAGGUUCUGGUGGGUGUUGUUCAUUGUUCUAGUUCUAAAACCUUUCGUCAUGUUAGCGCCAAGAUGAUCAAUUGCUAGCGACUGGAAUUUGUAAGUACGCGAAUAAAGGGGAGGGUGCGUUCGGGAGGCGUAGAAGCGUUUUAGCAGCAUUACGUCACAAAAAUCUGUGUUGGAUUUAAAACUUAAUUUAUGUCUGAAAACGCUCUGUGGUCGAUGACAAGAAACACUGAUAGUGAGCCAGAGAAGUGUUUUAAGUAGCGUCAAAAAUCGUUCAAAAUUGGUUGAUCAGGCGUUCAUGGAGAAAAAUCAAAACAUGUUAUUUUGCGAUAGUUUAUUUGUCAGACCCUUAUCCUGAUAAUUAUCCUUGUAAUUAGUUAUACUCAGUCGGAACUGAUUGGCAAGAUGAGUCAGAUUUAACAUAAAUGGGCUUUUUUUUCAUCUUUCAAUCCUCAAGUCAACUUAGGUGUUCAAAGAGUAAGUUUAAUUUGUUAGAAAUAGUUGUUCUUAAAAGAAAAACUCUCUUUACUAACAGGAACACGGAAGAAACUCCUGCAGAAAUCUUAACAGGAAAGUCCUUCUGACAACGUUUUCGUUAUACUGAUUCGAAUAGAUGUUGUUGCAAUAUAUCUUCAGCGUUACUUUGAGAACAUGGAAUUUCUAUUCUGAUCAGCGUAACGAAAACGUUGUUACAUAGGCUCUUCUUGUCUUCAGCAGAAUGCCAGUUAGUCUUGAGGCCAGGUCUCACAGCACCUCACUUGAGAACUUCCGGAAGACUGGGGGAGAGUUGCGACCAGAACUCCGCGGGAAUUUCGUGUCCAGUAGACUUGGAUAAAACAUGGCCGAAGACGUGGCUGCUAACAAAGUAUUUACGACCUUUAGAGGCGAUGUGAUAUUCUUUUCUCUCACUAAUACGGGUAUCAAAGAAGAAAGCUGUAUUGAAGCUCAAAUCUUUGGCUUUUCUAAAUCCUGCAGAUCCUUCACAAGAAUUGCAAAAAAAAUGCUACCCCUUGGAAUUUUAGGAGGCGAACUAGAAAUCGUAUCUGCCAAAUGUUUGUUGAACUCAACAACAGGAAUGUACCAGCCUUUUAUUUUGCUUCACCAGAAUCGAAUGAAGUAUUCCAGCACACAGGAAUUGCAUGUGUUGCUUCUAGAUAACUUCUAUUCGGUUAUUCUGUCGGGCAGUUUUGAUGUAAGUCACCUCUCACCGACACAGAACAUUGAAUUUUAUUUUUGUGAUGGCCCUACAAUUUGUUGGACUUUUAAAGGGGUCAUGUACUUUGCGUGCUAUGAUUCCAUUCAUGAGAAGUUUACAACUGAUUCUGUGACAGUUGAUCACUCAAUGGAUGAAAGAUCAGGUGUAGAAUUUAACCUCUUGUGGUGUGGGUUAUUAAGAGACCAAAUUGUUGCCAUGGGAGCAAAAUCAGAAAUGAAAGAUGAUUCCAGCACCUUAACAAGAUGGGUAUGUGUCAAUCAUACUUGCAAUGAUAUCCAAGAAGUCUCAUUGGUUCCAAGUCUGUAUGUUCCCAUAGCAACAUGCUGCCUUGUAAGAGAACCUUUAAAUGUAGCGGAAUUUGGAGGUAAUUCUUCAUAUGAUGAUGUGGAUGUUUAUUUAGCAACAAACCGAGGACAGGUCCUAAACUUUCUCAAUGGAAGGCUCAAAAGCUAUUGGCAAAUACCAUUUAAAGACCCUUCCAGGAUGUGGAUUUUGGAGCUUACCCCAGAUGAAGUAAUGGUAAUCAUAGCAUCAAAAUCAAACAGAGUUGCUCUGAUUGACUGCAGAAAGAAACAGGUUUUGAAAGAGUUGGAGGAGGUUGCAUGUGUUCUGACAGAUGACUUCUUAGAAAAUGGAAAUGAGCAAGUUCUUUUGCUGCCUCCAAAUCUCACCAUUUCUGAUUCUGGAGAGUUUUCCAAGUUUUAUUUGUUAGAUGUUGCAAAAGGAAUGGUGGCCAUUGAAAACAACCAGGAUUCUUUUUCUGCCCAGUCACAAACAGUAACAGACUCACUUCAGAAAACAGCAAGUGCACUGAGGACAACUUUACAGGCAAGGGAAUCUAAUCUGCGUGAGGCUAAAAUGGAAUAUCAUGAAAAACUAAAGAUGGUGGAGCACUGUUGUAAAGUACUGAAAGACAUAACUUGUUCUUCGGGAGCAUGCAAAGAAGAAAAAAGGAAAAAGUCUUCAGGUCUUCAAUGUCUCUUGGAAGGGGAUCUUAGGGAAGUCAAGUCAGACAUGAGCAGCCUUCUGAGGUCAGAGCCAGUAUCAGCCCUGAAUGUCAAGAAAAUAUGGCAGCGUAUCUUGUAUGACCAGUGGUUAAUUGGCAUUGAUGUGGAGAAUACUGGUGAGAGGACUGUGUGUGAUCUCACAGUUGGACUCGUGAGCUGCCAGUCUAUGGACACUUCAUAUUUAUCUAAGACUGCAUACUGUAGUAACCACAGAUACCAACGUCAGCAGCUUAAGAAAGGGGACAGUUCAGAGUCUUUUCAGUUUCCAUCCUUGAAGAAGAAAAUACUUGAACAUACUCAACCUUUGACUGAUCUCCAGCAGUUGUCACUGGGAAACCAAACCAGUUUGACAGCUGUAUGUUCCCUACCAAGAUUUGCAUUGUUUGACAGUUGUACCAUGAAUGUGGUGGUGACAUGGAGAAGUUAUCAUGACAAUGGAAGCACUGAUCAGCAUGCCAUGCACUGUGGACAAGUAACAUUGUGUGUGGCACAGGUUAUGGAUAAAAGUCUACAGUUAAACAGGAGUUUGGAUUCCAAAUCAUUGAAUCAAGAUAUUGCAGCCUUGAGAUCAGUCUCAAUUGAAACAGAGCUUGUGUUGCAAAGAAGUAUUUCAAAACCUCACCACAUCAUUGCACUUCUGAAGAGUUCAAUGAAAGAGGUGCCAGUUAUACAGACAAGAACUGGAGGCCACAAGGACAUCUAUGGCCAACUCAUUUCAGUUCUUCAUGAGAGUGGCCCUCUAGGUGGCACUGGAAUAUUCCCAAAAAAUGACCUCCAAGAAGGAAAAGUAACCCUUAUUACCAGAAACAAGGAUCAAGUGUUCCUGUUACUACACAGGCUACGGCAAAUUCUACCCGACGAUGUGCGCAUUUUGGCGGAUCCUGAACGGGACAUUAGUGCUGUUAAAAACAGUUUGACCGCCAUAAAUCAGGAGAUUACAAACUUGGAGCAGAAUCUUCGCAACAUGCUGCAAAAAUCCAGCAAAUCUCACCGAGGCCCACUUGUCAGUGAUGGGCGUGGCCCUUCACGUGGAAGCGAGGACGGUGAUGGCCUUGCAGGUAUAAGGGAGAAUUUUGAGCGAAAGAGGGCCAGGGAAAUGACAGAAAAAGAAGAAGGCGGAAGUGGAAUGGAUGAUUUUGAAAAGUUUUGGGAUGAUGUUGUCAACGAUCAAAUGAGAGUUGAUCAAGCUGUUGCAGAAGUCUGAGGCAGAAAGACAAGUCGAGGUCACGAUGAUCAACAAUGUCACACUUAGACUGUUUUAUUGUUGACACAAACGAUCACCGCUAUUCUUCUACAUAGAAGAAAAACGUUCACUUUACAAAUGAAUUUAAUAUCACAGUAUCUAGCAUCACAGUGAGGGAAUUCCCAGGGAUUCUCCUAAGGUAUAGCCUUCUGGCUUUUAGACUCUAGUGAUUCAAAGAUUCAACAAUAACACUAGUUUGUACUAACCUUCACACUAAGGCGCAAUAAAUAUAAUCUUCAUAAUCCACAAGAUUCGAAUAGCUAAAAUAAAACAAACUAAAAACAACCUAAUAUUGAUGCAGCCCAUUUUAACUGAGUGUUAAAACCAAAACCAAAGUCGUCUCAAAACAAAGGAAACGGCGCAAACAGUAAAGUGAAAAAAGAGAAAAAAGACUGUGCGAGGCGCGGAAAAACGUGUGUGAAUGAGUUGUGAUUGGUUUUAAUUUUACAUCUGAAGGGUUGAGAGCAAGGCGUCGGGUUUAUAUAAACCAAUCCCAUCCGCGCUGUUCAAAAAAAAAGAGGAAAAAAGAAGAGCAAAAAAAAAAAAA